ACGAGUCAAACGCAUAACAACGAAACUGAGAAAGUGAAAUCGGAAACGGGAUCUAUUAUUGAGACAAUAUUUACAAUAACAAUAGUGAAGCUCAAACGAAAGUGAAAUAUAUAAAAUUAUAAAAAAUGUUGAAUUCCUUGUUGAGAAGAUUGCCAAGAAGUAAAUUUCUGCUGUCAAAUUGUAAAGCAACAACAAAUUUGGCAAGACCCACCACUGGGGGUAAUGAAACAACCAACAUUUGCAACCGUUAUAUUUCGACAAGUGAUAUUGUCCAGAAUUCGGAUAAAAUCCAUACAAAUUCUAGUCCCAAUGAGACGGAACGUAUUGGAGGAUUACCAUUGGAGUUGAUAAACAAAAGAAAAUUGGAAAACUCUUCAAGAGCAUUGUCAACUCUACAAAAUCAUCCGAUACCAGCAGCAACUCGCACCGUCGUAUCAACAGAGGAAAAUCGUGAAUUUUUAGCCAUAUUCCCUGAAAUUGUUAACGAACUGGUGGAAAUAACAAACAAAUAUAGUCCUGCAGAAAUUUCUGCUUGGUUUGCCCGUGCUCUGGAAUACAAUGUGCCCCAUGGCAAAUUAAAUCGUGGCCUACUCACUGUAUUGACAUAUAAAAAUCUGGUCAAAUCUGAAGAUCUUACAACGGAAAAUAUCAAACGAGCUCAAAUAUUAGGUUGGUGUAUUGAAAUAUUACACAGCUUCUUUUUGCUUUACGAUGAUGUGAUGGAUAACAGUUCUACCCGACGGGGGCAAACAUGUUGGCAUAAGGUACCACAAGUUGGGCUGAUUGCAUUGAAUGAUGCCCUGAUGAUGGAAAAUGCCCUAUACUCACUGCUCAAGAAACAUUUUAGAUCAUUGGAUUCUUAUAUUGAUUUAAUCGAAUUGUUCCAUGAGAUAACCUUUAUCACAACAUGUGGUCAAAGCCUGGAUCUGUUGAAUGCCAAUAACGAUGUUUUGUCGUUUAGCAUGGAAAAAUAUAAUGCAACUGUGGCGAAUAAGACGGCCUAUUACACAUUCUAUUUGCCAUUUGCAUUGGCUAUGCAUUUAGCGGGCAUAAAGGAUCCCGAAGCUUUUCGGCAAUCGAAAACCAUAUUACUGGAAAUGGGGCAUUUCUUUCAAGUACAAGAUGAUUUCUUGGAUUGUUUUGGUAAUCCAGAAAUAACAGGGAAAAUUGGUACAGACAUUCAGGACAACAAAUGUUCCUGGCUGGCGGUGGUCUGUAUGCAAAGGGCCAACGAGGAACAAAAACAAAUUAUGUUGGAUUGCUAUGGACAAAAUGAUCCGGAAAAGACCCAAAAAGUCAAAAACCUUUACAAAAGUCUGGGUCUACCCAACACCUAUGCCAUCUACGAAGAAGAAUCAUAUAAUAUGAUUAAAACUCAUAUCCAACAAACAUCACGUGGUGUUCCACAUGGCAUCUUUUUACAGAUCCUGAAUAAAAUCUAUCAGCGUGAUGCCUAAUUAAGCGAUCGCCAAACGAAAAAAAAAAAAUAGUCGAAACCCCUUUGUUGUUGUCUUAAUUUUAUAGUUUUAAGAUCUAUUAGUUGUAAUAUUUUAAUUAUUUUUAUUGUUUAGCGAAACGUUUUGUACAACGACAUAAAAUAUAGCGCGAACACAUUUUUAUCUAA